GUAACUAGAUCAAGUGUAAGAGUUCCAUCAACUAAACCUCAGAGUAAGCUUCUGACCAACUGUUCCGGAUCUGAUCUAAAGAAUAGCAGCAGCAGUAGAAGCAGCAGUUCGUUGACCUCUCGAGAAGCUGAAUUCCAAGCCUGGAAACGCCGGAAGAAUUAUGAUCCGUUAAAAUCUGCGAAUUCGAGAAAAUCCUCGAAUUCUAAAAGUGCGUACAGUCCCAGCCCAACACAGCUUACACAGCCUGCUCAGCAUAAACGCAUUCAGGAUAUGACCCAGUCCCUAGUUUGUGGAGAGAGUUCUGAUGAUGGAGCCCCGAUGAUGCGCUCUGCCUCUUUCCAUUACGAGAACGCGCGCACUCGCGCACUCACCAGCGAGGAUGAGUCCGCUGAGGAUUAUGGAUCAGGAUCAGAAUCCCAUCAGGUAGAGAAUGGAGGACGACAUUACUACCUGGAUGAGGAUGAAUUGAUCCUCCCAAUAUAUCCAUCUUCUAGUCAGAGAUCAAUCUACAAUCAUAAAUCUAUUUCUCCCAAACUGUCCCCCUCCAGAUCUAGAUCUAAACUAGAAGCUCUGGAUAACCUUGUGAUAUCCACAAUAUACUCUGUAUCCUCUAAACUAUGUAUCCAAACCUCAAAUAUGAUCAAGAGAGCUGGACAAUCCUUUCCACCAGCUGAUGAGGAUCAGGCUACAACUGUAGAGACUAUCCUCUAUCUACUAGAGGAUGUAGAUUUACCCUCAAGUCCUGCCAAGAAAACUUCUCGAGAGCUCUCAGGAACACUGCGCAAUUUGAAGAAGGUUGAACAAGCUGUUGAACUUCUUAAUAAACUGAUGGAUAACGACGAUUCAGAAGCUUCAUAAGACGACAUUCAUCCGAGUGUAAGACGACAUUCAUCAGAAUAAGACGACAUUUAUCCAUUGAAGAUGCUGUUUACAUGGGUUGGUCCAAUUUCCUUCAGAAGUUCAGAUCCAUGAACUAGAUAAUAGACUAUCUUUCCAGAACUGGACUUUUCUCUGUCCAACUAGAUCUAUCUGGUCCUAAAUUAGAUUUAUCUGAUUUUAAAUUGGAAUUAUCGGGUUUUAAAUUGGAUUUAUCUGGUUAUGACUAGAUGUAUCUGGUUCUAACUAGAUUUAUGAUUUAUCUGGGUCCAAAUUGGAUUUAUUUGAUUCUAAAUUGGAUUUAUCUGGUUCUAACCUCAUUUAUCUGGUUCUAAAUCGGAUUUAUUUGGUUUAAAUAGAUUUAUCUGGUUCUAAAUCGGAUAUAUCUGGUUUAACUAGAUUUCUCUUGGUCCAAAUAGAAUUUAUCUAGUUCUAACUAAAUUUAUGAUUUAUCUGGUUCUAAAUUGGAUUUAUCUGGUUCUAACUAGUUACUAGAUUUAUGAUUUAUCUGGUUCUAACUACAUUUAUCUGGUUUAAUUAGAUUUAUCUGGUUCUUACUAAAUUUAUCUGAAUUUUUUUGUCUGAGCUUGAUUUGAUCUUACUCCAUAUUAAUUUUUCAUUGACUUGCCUUAAACAUCUAGAUUUUCUGAACUAAUGAAUUAUCUAACUUUAAAUAAACGUCUCUGUAUAUUUAAUAACGUUUAAGCCAGGUAUCCGGCUCUAAAUUGAAAUUUAAUCUGAUUUUGCACUUUAAAACAUGUUUAAUGUAUAUUUCUCCUUUUCUUUUUUGAAAAGAAACGUUUUUUUUAAAUUUGAAGUACCCACACUGAAAAUUCAAAUUCUAUAUGUAAAUUUAAAUAACGAAAGUCCACAAAUCCUGCCAUUUAAACAUUUUUAACAUUGUUUAAGCUUAUUAUUAACAUAUUUAUAGAAAAUCAAUUAUAUAAAACGUAAAGCUAUUAAAUGCGCAAUUUCUUUCUGGACUUAAAAAUUUCUGCAAUACUAUUACAAUUUAAGCUUUUUGACAAUCAUAUAUUUAUAUUUAAGCUUCACGUUCACAUUCCUUUGCCUUUAGAGUACGUUGAAGUGCGUUUAAAGGGAGUGUUCGCUACAUUAUAUGAACAUUUCAAUUUCGGAAUUAUUUAGAUUUAUUUUCAUGCAAAAUGUACGAAAAAUUUGCUUGUACUACUUUGCGACCUUGUAUCUCCUCUAGUAUUCCUUUUACAUCCAAGAAUGAUUAAAAGCAUAGCUUUGCGGAAAAUAUAUUUAACUGAAAACGAGGUUUUAAUCUAAAAUUUAUUUUGGUUUAAUUGUAGAUUAAUAAAGACUUAAAGGUUACCGUUGUAAGAUUUAUUACGUUUUCUCCUUUAACCUCAUUUCCUUAAUUGCGAACACUCUCUUUA